AUGCGUUUUCUUAUAUUUUUCUUCAUCGUUUUUAUUUGUAAGAAAGGAAAUGGAUCGCUAUACCAAUGUAAUGAAAAUGCUGCAUGUGGGUGUUCAACUAAAUUUACUCAUAUAUCACGUAUUAUUGGUGGUGAACCUGUAGGUCGAGAAACUUGGUCAUGGACUAUUUCUCUUCGUCAAUAUGGAGAACUUAUAUGUGGAGGAUCAAUUCUUUCACCAUCAUUCGUUAUUACUGCUGCUCAUUGCUUUAAAUACGUAACUAAUUUAAAAAGUGUCACAAUUAUUGCUGGAUCUCUAAAUCAGAACCCUUCAUUAAAUGAUUCAGCUCAAGUUCGUUCAAUUGGUCAACUCUACAGGCAUCCUAAUUUUGAUCCUAUUUGGGAUUUGAAUGAUGUGGCUCUCAUUCGCUUGUCUAGUCCAUUAAAUAUGAGACAUGGAAAAAUCAAACCAAUCUGUUUACCACCUGGUACUGUUCCUCGACCACCAGACAAUAUGAAUUUGGUCGCUGUUGGUUGGGGUACGAUAUCAACGACGGAAGAUCAACUUCCUUCAACUCUUUAUCAAGUUACAGUGAAAUCCAUAUCAAGUACUAACAGUGGAUGUAAAGACGUUUUGAGUGAUAGUAAACUACAUUUUUGUGCUGGAAUAAUAACUGGUGGCAAAGAUACUUGUCAAGGUGAUAGUGGUGGACCAUUAAUGGCAUUUGUUAAUAAUGUUUGGCAACUUUAUGGUCUCACUUCCUAUGGAUAUGGAUGUGCAUUACCGGGCUCUCCAGGAGUCUACACUCGAGUUACUCACUAUCAUAAUGAUUUGUAUGGUUAA